GCGUGCCCUCAUCUUUGGCUCCAAGUCGGUGCCCGAAUUCAAAUUGGUUCAUUUGGCGCGCAGCAGCGCGCACAGCACGAGAAGGAGCAACAACCGCUGAGGGGAGAGGGGAGGCGGGAGCGACGCAGUGCGGGGCAAGCCAACGAAGCUGUGGAGGAGGAGGCCGAUGUGAAGCUGCAACUGCCACUGCAGCAGACGCCACAACUGAUCGACGAUGCCUUCAUCUUCAUACGCCGCACGGCGAACAGCACGCAAUUUGUGGAUCAUUCGCCGCAGUUGCUGCAGCGUCUCGAGCGUUGCUUCUAUCGCAGUCCCUGGGCAGCGCUCGAUUUGUGCGACGAGCAAAGUGUGCGUGGAGUGUUUCAGCAGAAUGCGAGCAACUUUGUCAUCCAACCGCUGCCAGCGCGUUUUGGGCCAGCGGCUCAUGUGCUCUACCAGGCGCGAUUAGAUAAGAGUCGCAGCGAAAACAACAACAAGAACAACAACAACGAGACGACACCGUUAGAUACUCAGCUGCAGUUCGAGCCCGAUGCAGCGGAAUUCAACGAACCGCGGCAUCCACAACAUCAACAUCAACAGCAGCUGCCUCAUCAACGCCAACAUCUGCAUCGCAAAUCGCAAUCACAGCUGCGCUUGCGCUAUCAUCCGCGUCAUCAUCAUCAUGGCAAUGGCAUUCCCAACAGCAGCGGCAGCUCAUCCACAUCACAACGUCUGCGUCGGCAUAUUGGUGGCAUGCCACCACGUCGCUGGCCCGUGCCACACGAACUCCACAUUGAGACAGCGAUUUUUGUCGACAGCGAUUUGUAUCGUCACAUGGAGAAGAAUUUCCCCAAGGACACCGAGAGUCAACUCAUACGCUUUGUCCUCGCCAUGAUCAAUGGCGUUCAGCUUCUCUAUCAUCAUCCCACCUUAGGCAGACGCAUCAACUUCGUGUUGAAGCGUUUGGAGAUCUUUCGCAAGGAUCCGCCCGAGUUGCGUCGUUCCAGUGACAUUGACACCUACUUAAGCAACUUUUGCUUGUGGCAAAAGAGUUUGAAUCCGCCUUCGGAUGCGGAUUCAUUGCACUACGAUCAUGCUGUCAUCCUCACUGGACUCGAUCUCUAUGUGAUUGGCAAGAAUGGCAAGGUCAUAAGCCAGGUUGUGGGUCUUGCCCCUGUUGCCGGCAUGUGCACCGCAACCUCGUCGUGCACCAUCAACGAGGGCAAGCACUUCGAGAGCGUCUUCGUUGUGGCCCACGAAAUAGGACACAACCUGGGCAUGCGCCACGACACCAAGGAGAGCAGCUGCGAUCCCAGCCUGCACAUCAUGUCACCCACUUUGGGUAGUGGCAAGAUCACUUGGUCCAAGUGCUCGCGCACCUACUUGGAAGAGUUUCUCGCCCAAGGUCAGGCGGAUUGUCUCUUCGAUCGCGGUCAGUUUAAGGCGCACUUGGAUCACUCGGCGGAGGGAAUGUUACCUGGAGAACGCUUUGAUGCCAAUCAGCAGUGCAUGCUAAAGUACGGACAGAGUUCGGUGCGUGCAACAAGCCAAAGUAAGCUGGAAAUCUGCCAUGAUUUGCACUGCCAACGAGAGCGACUCACAUGGACUUCGCAUCCGGCUCUGGAGGGCACCGAAUGUGGCGACAGCAUGUGGUGUCGCGGUGGCUACUGUGUUCAGCGCCCCACUCAAGAGACCGCAAUGAGUUCGCUGAAGCAGCUGAGCGGUUUGGUCAAGCCGAGCUAUGAGAAGAACAGCGCCAGCUUUGCCGAGUCCAGUAAAAUGGGUCAAUUCCUGCACGAGUACAAGACGAGCACUUGGAGUGAUUGGGGAGAAGCCAGCGAAUGUGAUUCCGGUUGUCUCUACGGUCCAUCGCAUCGUCUAAGGGAAGGUAGCACGGGAUUGCGCACCUACAACAGAAAUUGCCUCAACUAUCGAUCGCGUUGCAUGGGCAGAGAUCGCAAGUUUGAGACGUGCAUUGCCAAGCAAUGCUACAGUGUGCCUGUCCAGACAAUCGGAGACUUUGCCACACAAGUCUGCAUGCAGGCGAGGAAAUCGGACAGCGAACUGACUGGCGAGGGACAACAGCUAAGUGGAUCUAUAGAGGACUCCUGCAAGGUCUUUUGCCGCACGAGGAGCAACGGCACCAAGUCCAGACGCUGGACCUUUCCCGAUGGCACAAUUUGCCGUGCCAAGCAUCAUGGACCCGACGAUAUAGCUUAUUGUAUUUCCGGACGCUGUGAACAGUUCUCUUGUGACAAUGCCACCAGCAACUUUUUCAAAAUGGACAACACUUUCUGUGCGUAUCGCACAACGCAACGUCCGCAGCGUGACUCGAAUGAACUCGAAAGCAAACAGCAGCCAAGUUAUCACAAUAAUGUCAGCUACAAGCGAUAUGCAGAUCGUCUGGAUGGCUUAAACUCUAGGAAUCGCUAUGAGAAUGAAGUAGCUUUGCGCAAUUUCCAUGGCCAGGACAAUCACAUUAGUCCGCAGCAGCCGAGCAAGCGAAAGGCCAGCUCCUCCUCCCAUGAGUACAAAUACAAUUACAAUCAACCAGAUUCGUAUGCCAAGUCAGCGCCUCCUCCCGUGUCAGCCUCGCUGGUUGUCGAGUCCGCGGAGCCCGCGUCGGAGUGGCAGGUGAUAUCAGGCUGCCACUCCAACUGCAUGACAGAGUCGAUGGGUGUACAGGUGGUCAGCUCGCGGCGCACACAGGAGCGCAAUGUGCAGCUCUGCACGCACAAGGUGAAGCCCUGCGAGCGUCUGCAAACGCCAGCGGAGUAUGCGGAGCAAACGUGUGCGAGGUAUAAGCAGAAGGUGCGUGGCUUAUCGGGACAUGGUUCACAGAUCUCGGCGAGCAUUGAGGAGCCAGACCGCAGUUGUCGCGUUGGCUGCCAAGAUGAGUUUAUCAAGUAUCGGUACUAUCUGGUGAACGGCAAGAACGGACACUUUCCCAUUGGCACACGCUGCUCGCAGGUGGACCGACGAUACUGUCUCUAUGGCAAGUGUUUAGAGUUUGGCACGGAUAACAUGCUGAAGCAGCAGUCGCACAUUAGUCUGGCGCUAUUUAGGAGCAAGCGGGAUUUGCAGCGCCAGAAGCGAAGUUUCCUUUAUUUCGAUCCAGUUAAUAUUACGGAAACUAUAACAAAACCACUUCUUAAUAACCUUGUGAGCAGUAUUUUUGACUUUGAACAACAGCAACAUCUAGAUUUUACUCACGACAACAUCGAACUAUCCAAUCCUAUUCACGUCUCCACGGACGAACUGAGCAGCAAUUGACGACUAAUUUAGUGUUUAUUCUCUAUCCUCUAUUCUAUAUCUUUCAUUUAACUAUAGCUUAUGUGGCUGUCGCUCUGCUCAAGGCGUUCUCAAUAACACAAUCAUAGUAAUCUAAGCCUAUCUGUAAGUUCUAAGUUGCAAGUUGUACUAUAUAGUACUAGCCGAAAUAAAUGUGUGUGUGAAUGUGACUGAAAUAAAAACA